AGCCCAAAAUGUUUGUGGCUCACAUUCAUCCAUCUCUCCCCGGCUCGACCUCUACUCACUCCGCUUUUAUUCAACCGUUCUCCCAAUUCUUACAUAACUGAUUUCUGUUACAGUCAGUUAUUGUUACUCUGUAAUUAUUAUUAUUAUUCAGAUUUUCAGAGUCAUCAUGAAGUUCUCCUGUUCGUGCUGAUCAGAUUUGAAAGCGGAUGGAGUGUUGUAUGUAAAUGUUUUGGCAUCAACAAGCUCAUUUUGGUGAGAUUCUACUGUUACUGUUACUGCUGCUGCUGUUGCUGUUGUCUUAGGUUUUUGAAUUGCGUACAAGUGUAGAGAUUCAUGAAUAGAUUAGCUAGCUGAAACUGUUGAGAUGCUAGUUAGUUACUGAUGCAUGUUUGUUAAUCUGUUUAUCCUGAUUUACAGAAAUUAAGGAAUAGAUUAGCUUGCGUUAAUGAUGCAUAUGUUUUUAUGAAAUUGUGUUGGUUGCUUUAUCCUGAUUUAUAAAAAAUUAAGGAAUAAAUUAGGUAGCUGCAACUGUUGAGAUGCUAAUUAGUUACUGAUGCGUAUUUGUUUGUCUUGACUUUAUCCUGAUCUACAGAAAUUAAGGAAUAAAUUAGCUAGCUGCAACUGUUGAUAUGCUAAUUAGUUACUGAUAGGUAUGUGUUAAUCUGUUUCUAUGAAGUUGUGUUGUCUUGACUUUAUCCAGAAAAUUGAUAAAUAAAUUAGCUGGCGAAAAGCGAAAACUAUUGAGAUGCUAACUAAUUACUGGUGCAUAUUUGUUAAUCUGUUUUUUCAUGAAAGUGUGUUUGUUGUCUUGACUUAAUCCUGAUUCCAGAAAUUGACGAAUAAUUUAGCUUGCUACAAUUGUUGAUAUGCUAAUUAGUUAAUCUGUCUUCAUGGAAUUGUGUUGUUGUUACAUCUGUCGAUCGUGUUUUGAACUAGUGUUACGUUAUCAAGUUUUGUUGAAUUCUACAACGGCUAAGCUAUUUGGAUUUGGAUGCUACGAGGGAGCUUUUGCAUCCCUACUUGUUCCACAGGAUUUGAAGCAGCGGCCCUCCCCCCUUCUCUAGAUGGAGUCCUCAUCUGGCUAUGGGGAAAAUCAAAACAUCAAGACAAGAAAACCCUAUACAAUAACGAAACAACGGGAAAAAUGGACAGAGGAGGAGCAUAACAGUUUUCUAGAAGCCCUGAAAUUAUACGGGCGAGCUUGGCAACGGAUAGAAGAACACAUAGGAACUAAGACAGCAGUGCAAAUCAGAAGUCAUGCCCAAAAAUUCUUUACAAAGUUGGAAAAGGAGGCUGUUGCGAAAGGAGUUCCAGUAAGCCAAGCUCUUGACAUGGAAAUUCCGCCUCCACGCCCUAAAAGGAAACCUAAUUAUCCUUAUCCUAGAAAAACUCAAACACAGGUGCCAGAAAAAGAUGAAAAACAAGCAACUUUAGUUUCUUCAUUACAAGUAAUGGACCUCGAGAGAAAACCCCUGCCUGAGAAAACCAGCCACAGAGAGAAACUAGAAAAUGCGAAAACAAGUGAGGAAGCUCAAAAUGGUACUACUAAAGACCCUCAAGAAGUUCCAUAUGCAUCCUUGUCCUCAGAAAAUGAAAAUUCCAUACCAAGAUCAAAUCCUGACGUUUUUAGACGCGAUGUAACAAAUGCAUCAUACAUCACCAUUGAAGCCAGAAAGCAUCAAGAAUUGGAUCAAGAUGGAAUUAAGCACACAAAUAUUACAUCUAACAUCUCACUAUUUGAGCCCUCACACCCUGUGCAUGAUAUAAACGGUAUUCAGACGACCUACCCAAGGCAUGUUCCUGUACAAGUUGUAGAUGCAAGUCAAGAAAAUACUACUGCAAAAACUAGUGUUGUUCCCCCAGGUACGUCACUUAACGAAUCAAAAGUUAAUAACUCAGGAGAAGCUUAUGAACGCCCCAACCCUAACGUAGCAACAGCAUCUGCAACUAGUGGCCAUCGUAACAAUGCUACCUUCCAUCCUCUUUCCAACCCUUUUACUGAUAAUCAAGAAAGUUACACACCGGUUCUCCAUGUUUCAUCUUCAAUCUCUAGUCUCAUUCUUUCAUCUUUGCUACAAAAUCCUGCAGCACAUGCAGCAGCAACCUUUGCAGCUAAAUUCUGGCAUCCUGUCAAUACAGAAGCUUCCUCUGCAGAUUCUUUUUCACGAGAUCCGUCGAACCCGAACCCUGAGUCCACUACUCCUCCUAGCAUGGCCGCCAUUGCCGCUGCUACCGUAGCAGCUGCAACAGCAUGGUGGUCGGCUCUUGGUUUGCUUCCUGUUUGUACUCCUUCUCACCAAGGGGGGUAUUCUUGUACAUUUGAGGCAGCACCAAUUGACGGGAAUAAUCUAGUCAAUAGUAGGGUUCCUUCAGAAGGUGUCUUGCAGGAAGAGAAGAUGGAUGAUGCCGAAAAGACUGAAUCUUCAUCAGAGGACUCUGAGAAAAAACUUAACACUGAAGUAAUUAUUCCUGUUGAUACCAAUGAAACGGCUCCUGUUGAUGAUUCAAGCAAGUUGACUAAUGUUAAAAAACAAGUUGAUCGGUCAUCUUCUGGUUCUAACACCAUUUCCAGCAGUGAAAUUGAAACCGAUGCUUUAGAGAAGCAUGUGAAAGAAAUGGAAGAGAAUAAAGGGUUGGAUGUGAAGGAGUCGAACUUGCGUAGGGGUAGAAGCACUAUUACCCCAAGUGAAUCAUGGAAGGAGGUUUCUGAAGAGGGACGGCUUGCGUUUCAAGCCCUCUUUUCGAGAGAAGUGCUGCCACAAAGCUUCUCUGAUAUGGCCGGAAAAGAUCAUCAACAGAAUAUAAUAGUAAAAAACAGUGAAUUGGACCUAAACAGAAUGAGUCAAGAACCUUGGGAGAGUAACGGCAACAGUAAUGGUUUUGCGGUGUUGAGAAGUGAGGAAGGUGUACUGAGAAUGGGAUUGGGGAGUGUGAAGCUGAAUGUUCAUCAUACAGGGUUUAAACCAUACAAGAGGUGCUCGGUUGAGGCUAAAGAAAACGGCAAGAUUAUGAGUGCGACAUCUACAGGUGGCGCUCAGAAUGAUGAGAAAGGUCCAAAGAGAAUGUGUUUUGAAACAGAAGCAUCAACUUAAUUCAUAGUGUGUUGUUGUUGUAUAUUAUGUUAGCCCAGCCCUAAAACUCACAAGACACUUAGUUUGUGGGUGCUAUGUGUUUUACAUUUUCUUCCACCAUAGAUUAUGCUUAUUGUAACGGAUUUAAUUUUAUUAUUAUUCCUCCAAACUACUCUGGAGACUGAAAAUUGAACUUUUGGGAAAUGUAUAUUUUGAGCAUCAACUUGAAAUAAGAUUCAUCACCUGUUUUGCAUUA